CCUGGAGGGUGGAGGUAUGGGGCGCACCUGGGGGCGGGUGCAACAGGAGGGCGGGAGGCAGCAGACCCCGUUUCCCCGCCCGCCCUCCGCGGGCUUCCGGGGCUGGAAUCCGCGUCAGACCCCUACCCGCGUCCUGACUUCUGGCCGGCUCCUCCCGCUCUCUUCCCGGGUAGGAACUAGAGUCCAGUCUCCACCCUGGGCUCCUGGGCCUUGAUUUUAAAAGGUCUAUCAAUAAAGUCCAUCUUCCUUCGGGGUUCGAGUGUGUCCGCCAACCCAUCCCGCAUCGCAGAUGACUGCAGGGUGCGUGCUGUGCUGUGGGAGGCGGGAAGACAAAGUUUUACAAAAGUGCGCCUGGGCAGGGGGGCAAUGUUUAGGGCGUCUUGAUACUGAAGGAGGAGGCUCGGCUUGGGGCUGAGAAGGGGAACUCGGCCAGUUCGGGGACUGUGGACGCUUCGCAGAGGCACAGGGUGUGUAAAGGACGUACAAAUCCUGCUGAAUCCCUGGGCCAACAACUGUCAAACAUCUGGAAUCCAAGCCCCUCCUUUUCCCUGCACCGAAAACCCUUCAACUUUACUUUGAUCGCUCCUCCUGCCUUUGGACCCUUCUCGAAGGGUAAAGGGCCGACCCCCGGCGCCAGGCGAGUGACCAGAGACCCCAAACUCCUCAAGAUCCCCCUUCACCCACCUUCCCGACCCCUCCCGGACGUUUUCCCCGCAGGGACCACGCGACAGAGCCGAUUGAGAUCGUGGCGAAUGGCCUUUUGUUUCUCCUCGUUUCCCCUAUUGUUUGCCUUUCAAACAUCUGGCCGGGCUAGGGAGAGAAGGAAGCCCCUCUCGUUCUCCUCCCCAGCUCCCCACGCCCGCCACCCGCCCAGCUAGAGCCCAGGAACCGCCUGGGGAAGGAGAGGAGCCCGACCCCAGCGGGGCCGCCCCACCCGGGCCUUGUGGUUAAAGGGCGGAGGGAAAGUUGUUCCUUCUCCGCCUCCUCGGCUGCUUGUGGCCCGGGGCGCAUUUCUCAGAUCUUAUCCCGAGCGCACCGCGCUCUAAGAGCGCAGGUCGGGAGGGGUGCCGCUGCGUUCUACCCCAAUCCGGGGAGACCUUUGGUGGGUUCCAGUGGAUUCCAAUCUCCACCUAAAGGCGUGUGGCUGGGCAGCUGCCAGGCGGUGGGACAGGAUUGAGACACGUCUGGUAGGCACACAGCUCUAAGGCUCUGAGGCCCGCGAGUUUCCAAGGGCCGAAGGUCAGGGGAGUCGCCUUCAACAGAAUGGAAACGGAAAUAACCUAGGAAACCUCGAGACUUUGCCUAGAAAUGGGAGUGAGGUGGCUCUCUCCAGAAUGAACCUGGAAUUCUGAGUUUGUGUAGGGCUCCAUGUUUAAAUCCCUGGUCCCCUCUCAGCAUUUAGAGAAUGCACAUGCACAACCGGAGGACACAGCGCCAGCGCCUCUAGAGCGGUGUUCAUCUUUCCAAGUUCCUGCCAAUUGGUGUUUUGGAACUGCCCCCGAGUUCCGCUGUGAGUGUGCCCCUGAGAGUGCAAGUGGCCCGGUUUCUCAGCCUUUCCUAGAAGAAACAUGAGGUUCCCCUGGAAAUCAUUCAAGAGGAAGAUGGAAGGGGCUGUCUAAAAGAGAUCACGCUGCAGACUGCAAGACUGGGGCCAGAAGGCUGGCAGUGGAAAACCCUGCUGGGUUGUGAUCUCUCACUGAGAAGUCCCAGUUGCCUUUUUGCUUCCUGCCAAAGGAAGGAAGAGAACAAGACCAUGUCCAUAGCCUUGAAGCAGGUGUUCAACAAGGACAAGACCUUCCGGCCGAAGAGGAAGUUCGAACCUGGCACACAGAGGUUCGAGCUCCACAAACGGGCUCAGGCAUCCCUCAACUCAGGCGUGGACCUGAAGGCAGCUGUGCAGCUGCCCAGCGGGGAGGAUCAGAACGACUGGGUGGCCGUGCACGUGGUGGACUUCUUCAAUCGGAUCAACCUCAUCUACGGAACCAUCUGUGAGUUCUGCACUGAGCGGACCUGCCCAGUGAUGUCAGGGGGCCCCAAAUAUGAGUAUCGGUGGCAGGAUGAUCUCAAGUACAAGAAGCCGACUGCACUGCCAGCCCCCCAGUACAUGAACCUUCUUAUGGAUUGGAUCGAGGUCCAGAUCAACAACGAGGACAUAUUUCCAACGUGUGUGGGUGUUCCCUUCCCAAAGAACUUCCUGCAGAUCUGCAAAAAGAUCCUGUGCCGCCUCUUCCGGGUCUUCGUCCACGUCUACAUCCACCACUUCGACCGGGUCAUCGUGAUGGGUGCCGAGGCCCACGUCAACACCUGCUACAAACACUUCUAUUACUUUGUCACAGAGAUGAACCUCAUAGACCGCAAGGAGCUGGAGCCCUUGAAAGAGAUGACGAGCAGGAUGUGUCACUAACACCCCAUCUUACCCUUCGGAAGAGAGAGGAAAGCUGUUUCCUCCUGGAGCCACGGGCAGGCAGGAGGGAGACCUCCCUGGCUGAAAAGGCGCACCUACUUCCAGGAGCAGGCGAGCUGGAGACCAGCAGCGGCUCCCGAGAGAGAAAUGUUCCCGUUCACUUCGUGUGCCCUUAACCCUCUGAGUGCUGCUAGCCAUGACCUGUGGACCUGGUGGGGAGAGAGGGACACCCCUCCCCCUUCUGGCUCAGAUCACCUGGGAGGAAGGAAGCCUCUGCACUUACGUGACCUGCCACCUAAGCUUUACUGGAAUUCAGGUUUUGAUACUUGUACUUGUCCACUUUCCUGUCUUGUCAGCCAGCUGCCUUUUCUGUAGCGUGUUUUUUAAGUACCCAGUGAAUUUUGGAAUCCUGGAUGCAUAGCCAGUUUUUCUCUAACAAGCCUUCCCGUCCGGUCUCUGCAGGCUCGCGCCCUGAUGCUGUAGUCUUGCUCUGAGCCCUGAGACCCUCCCUGUUUUGUUUCCCCCAUAACCAGUUUUACCAGGGACCCCUCUGCGGGAUGGCUUGUCGCUGCCCCAAACAGGGUCUGCACACGUUCACUGCAGGGAAGAGACGGAUCGUUAGCCUCAGGCUAAGGAGGUACAAGUUCACCCCAAACAGAAUGUGUUUUUAUUUUUAUUUUUUUUUUAUCAUCGCACCAUUCCUUGUCUCUUCCCUUCAAGAUUAUUUUGUUCCUGUUUCCCUGGAGAGAAAUAAAAGGAAGUUAUAAAUGACCAAGAAGGAUCAGCAGAAGCCUUGAGCCAGAUAAGUGCAGUGUUUGUUUGUGAUGAAAAGGUGUGAUAGCUGUCUCUACACAAUACUGAACUUGCAGUGGAAAAAAAAAAGUACAGUGGGAAAUUUGGUUCUUAUAACUCACAUGCCCAGCCCGUUGAUGUGUAAUCUUCCCAACUGGUCCUCUGAACUGGUACAUCCAGCCGAUGUUUUCUUCCUCUUCCUCCUCACUCUCGCCACACAUCUCCCCUGAUGGUACCACGGUUGCCAAGGUAACAGUGGAGCUGAAGCCAAUGUCCUCCUUCCGUCCUCCCCAGUGUUUCUCCCCCAGCAGACAGAAUCAUUCUGUGCCACAGCCUGCCUUUUGAAAGCUGAGUGACUUUUAGCUGAAGAAAUGUUGCCUUUUCUGAUUUAUUCGCAAAACUGUGGUGGACCUGAGAGCCUGUGACUAGGGGGUGAUGAUACUUCCAAGGAUCAUUUGAUUUUGACAAAAUAGCCAUUGGUGGAGGGAAAUAGAUAAGAAUGUAUUAGUGCAUUUUCAUGUAAUACUGAUUAAAGAAUAAUUCAACAAC